AAAUUUAUAUAAAUUGACUUACAAUCUGAGUUUUAAAAAAAAAAUUAUAUAAACAUGACAGAACCAGGAAAGGUUGAGAAAGCCGAUAAAGAAAGUGAUAUCGAGUUUAAAACAGAUAGUGUUUUUAGUGUUUUCGAAUUUAAAAUUCCAGAAAAAAAUAAUAGUAUCUUAUUUAAACGAAAUCUAAAGUAUCAAACGAAAAGACACUUUUAUAUUGGCUGUUUUUAUGUUUUUACGGUUUUGGCUGGAACAUUUUAUGGGUCAAAUAAACAAAAGUCUUUACCAUCUUCUGAAACAAGUUGGUUUGACGUAACAAAUAAGUCCAACUUAAUUAAUCUGUAUAUUGUUAAAAACGGUUGGUUUUGGACAUCAUUUAUUUUUAUAAUAUAUGCUACACGUGUAAUUCACGCAAAUAACCCGUUACAAAUUGCAAAAUCCGUAAUUCGUUGGAUACUAGCAACGUUAUAUUGGUAUAUUAUAACACAAAGAUUCUUUGGUCCAAGUAUCAUAGAUAGGAUUUUUGUGUUUACUGGAGGGAGAUGUGAUAAUUAUCAUUCUGAGACUCAAGUAUUUGAAGCUUAUGUCUGUAAAAAGGGUGGUGGACGUUGGACAGGUGGAUAUGAUUUUAGUGGACAUUGUUUUUUAUUGAUUCAUGCUUCUCUUCUUCUUUGGGACGAAAUAAGCGCUUUCACUUAUCGACCAGAGAAUUGGGAAAUCGCCAAAGAAAAAAAAAUACUUUCUUUCUUUUUUGUUCUUUUUCUUUUUCUUUGGUGGUUCAUGUUAGUCAUGACUGCUGUUUAUUUUCACCAUUUUUCCGAAAAAUUGGCUGGUACUAUAUUCGGAGUUUUAUAUUGGAUAUUUAUGUAUUAUGUACGAGCUAAUUGGAUGAUUUGCUUGAUGCCACACGAUUUAAAGGAUCUGGAAGAAUACGAAUUAUAAUUUUGUUUAAUAUUUAGAUAAACUUAUCAACUAUACUUAUAAAAGCUGAUCCAAAUACAAGAAUAUUUUCUUAGAGAUAUUGUUUUUUUUAAUGUUUAAUUUAAUCAGUUGAAUUUAUUUUAUUUUUAUGUGGUCGGU